AUGUGUCAUAUACUUGGAACAAUCAACACUAUUCUUAGUGGUUCUGAAGAAUGGACAGGAUGCAUCUGGGCAGUUCAAUGGGAUUGUUGGAUCAGACAAGUUGACGAUGGUGUUCUUGGAUCCAACUGGCUGAACGAUGUUGUUCCAGAGAUGUUUAGCCACGUUGGCAUGUCCGAGUUUAGAGAAAUGGAAACAAUCUGGGGCGAACCAAUCCAAGUUGACAUCUCCAUCUGGUUUCAAUGGUGGAGUGACGAUUCCGUUGAAGAAGGGUUGGACGACGAAAGUGAAGUCAUCUGUUGA